GCCUCUCGAGUGUUCGUUCGAGCUCCUCCGAGACGCAAGCCAAUUCUACCAUCAUCGCCUUUCGCAACCCGACUUCAAUCCGUACGCUGUGCGUACAACACGUUCCUUUCAGCACAACCAGCCGGAAACUCGUAAACUCUCCUGCCUCUGGGUCACAUAGCUCCGUUUGACAACAUACCUUUGCGGCACCAUCGCAAUUUCUUGGGCGACCGCAUGCACCCGAUCGCUGUCACAACCCUGUCUCAUGAGGUUAUAAAGGCGGAGCUCGACGCGUUUGGAUUCAUCGAUCGUUUAAGUUUCUCUUUCUUACCCUCACCGACCCAUCUUCACUCCCAUCACCCAGCCGAACUCCCUCUUCAGCUCCAGGAAAGAUGGCCGACAACGCGCCAGCGAAUCCCCCUCCCCAAUCCGACUUCCCUCGAAAUCGAUUACCAACACUCUUCGAAGUUCUCAGUCGUCGGACCCUGCCUCCUGUUGAUUUGUUUUCUUUCUACAUCUACAUGAGAGAUCAGCAGCGCUCCGUCGACUACCUCGAUUUCUGGCUGGAUGUCGCACAGCACAUGUCGCUCUGCCGUCACUAUGUGCGCGAACUUCGCCGAUCCGUUCUCGUGGGCACGCCCGACUUGGACAGAGCCUCCAAGCGGUCAUCGGGCAUUCUGGAGGGCCUCGGAGACCUCAGCUACUCGGCUCCAGGGCCGUCGAUGUACGCAACCGAGAAGGAGAAGGAUCAAGAUGCUCGAAUGUCUGCGUUCUUACGCGAGGAUCGCGAACUUCACGACUCCCCGGCUAGCAGCGACGCGAGACAGAACCGCCCGAGCACGAAUCUCAGCACACCUCGGGAGCUCAACACGGAUUCAACCUCUCCUCCGCACACGGUAGCGCGACAAGACAUCAGAGCCUCUGCCGAGAAGAUCCUUUACACCUUCCUUCUCCCGGGCGCCGAACGCGAAAUCACCCUGCCGGGCUCAAUCACUCAGGACGUCACAACAGCUAUCGAGGAAUUCGGAAGGGACGACCCCGAGGUGUUUGACGUGGCUAAGGACUAUGUCUUUCAGGCGAUGGAGCGCGACGCUUUUCCGGGGUUUCUCAGGAUGAAGGCGCUUGGCAACCUGAUCCCCCCGACAAUGGUCAUGCGACUCAUCAUAGGGCUUGUGUCUAUGUUUGGUGGUUUCUGGGCUGCGUUCAUCCUCAUCUUCCUCGACAAGUCCCGGAUGGAGAGACUUUGGCUUAUCCUCCCCUUCACCAUUGGCGUCUACUGCCUCGCCUCUUACCAAUAUUGCCUCGACCCAAUUCUCGCCCUCAUCGGACUGAGCGAGUACACCCCCUUCAACUUUUCCCGAAUGCGGGAGCCCUACGUCCGGAAGCUUCUCGCUCGCCGGUCGGUCAUGGUUCUGGCCGUGACGGCCCUCGUAGACGCAGCACUCUGCGUCCUCUUCAUCCUGGUUCCUGGCAAGCGGCUGUGAGGGAGUGCGGGUCUGGGCUCACGGGAGUUUGUGAGCUGGCCUCGCUCCCGAUUUGAUCAGCCCAUACCGGCUAUCCCAGGCUAGCGAAUAUUCUAGAGGAAAAGCGGGUUGACAGGAGCCAGGGGAAGAAGUCUUCGAUCACGACCGUCACGUUGUUCCUAAAGCCUUUACCGCCACCAGAGGGAGUCAAGGGGGGGAGUGGCGAUCUCUGCAUUUGAUUUCAGUAGGCGCAGGGUAGAGGGAGGGAGGGAGGCCUCGGUGGGUGUUCAGGAUAUGGCGGUCUUCUUCUCAGCAUACAUUCUUUCUCAUCAUUUUUCCUUUCGAAGCUUUUGGGGUUGCGUUAUUUCGCGAAAACCAGGACCCUGGCUUUUCUUUUCCUUGCUCGGCCGUCUCUAUCGUCUUUGAAGCUCUUGUUAUUUGCAUUUUGCGCCGCCGCCAAUGUACGAUAUACUAGUAAUACCCAGCGUCGUGGGCGUUUCAAAGCACUGGAGGGGCCGUCCGCCAGACACAGAUAGUUGCAGUUGCGCUGAAUCACAGAACUCGAAACC